AUAUUCCAAAUUACCAAUACCAUAUGUACUUCGCCACCCCCACAUUCACAUAUGUACUCAUUUAGGAAACCUCCUACCUAUCCCCCUCCCCCCUCAACAAUUCUCUGUCUUGCAGCCCAGGCUCAGAUGGACGAUGUCAUGCCCGCCCCAUCACCGUCUCAAGAUCAUCCCCUUCUCCGUCGCCGGAACUCCAUCUCCGCUGCCAUAUCGGUUGCGCCGACCAAGCUCAGCCUCCUCGCCCACCACAACUCCUCUUCCUCCGCCGCCACCACCACCACCUCGUCUUCAUCCGAUGAUCUGGAGUUGCUGUCGAUCAAGCCCACCUCCCUCAGCUAUACUUCGCUGAAGGACCUCCUGCCUUUGGUCGCGGUCAACUCGCCCAAGCCCAAUUCGGCUCACCAGGUGCAGCCGGGGUCCGACAUCUGCAUCCGUAACCGCCUCGUGAAGCAGGCCGCUUGGGCUUAUCUCCAACCCAUGUCCGCCUCUCCUGGUUCUUCGAGCAGCAACUUCUUCCACUGUCUCUGGCCGCGCGCCGCCGCCUUCUUUGACCUCGUCCGCCACAAGGUUAUCCGGGCCCUCAAAUGGGCGCUCCGCUUCAUCCGGAGCUCCAGAUAGCAACGGCCUAAAACGUGGUUUGUGUGACUACAAAUACUAGUAAUAGGUGAUUGGAUUCAUACAAACAGGAAUCUGCAAUUUCAUUUCCUCUGCUUUUUUUCUUGAUGUAAUGGCGAAAUUGAAAUGUGUACGCAAACUACAAGGUCCAAAUUGGGGGAAAAAAUAGGAAGAAAAUGAAAAUUCAACAAGAAAAAAAAGAUAAUUCUUAUUUUUUGUAUUUGUGAUCGCAUGAUUUUGCUAAUUGCUUUUGAAAUGCGUGCUUCUUCGGCCCUGGCCAGGA